GGCAGCUUGGGAACUAGUGGCAAUGGCGUUGCGGAACGGAGGCGGUGGUGGCCUGGGCCUGGGCGCGGCGGCCUCACUGCUGGCCGUUGUGGUGGCCGCGCUGCUGGGCGCCGGGGUGGUGGCGGGUGCGAGCAAGCUCGAAGACGUGGUGCUGCCGAGCUGGGCAAACGACCACGUCGUGUACGAAGGCGACCUCCUCAAGCUCCGCCUCGACAGCUCCUCAGGUGGAGGAUUCGCGUCGAAGAACAAGUUCCUGUACGGCAGGGCGAGCGCCGAUCUGAAGCUGGUGCCGGGCGACUCCGCCGGGGUGGUCACCGCUUUCUAUUUGUCGUCGCAGGGGGACAAGCACAACGAGUUCGACUUCGAGUUCCUGGGCAACGUCACCGGCGAGCCGUACCUGGUGCAGACGAACCUGUACAUCGACGGCGUGGGCAACCGCGAGCAGCGCAUGGACCUGUGGUUCGACCCUACCACCGACUUCCACACCUACGCCGUCCUGUGGAACCCCAGCCAGGUCGUCUUCAUGGUCGACGACACCCCCAUCCGCGUCUACGAGAACAAGAACGGCACCGCCUCCACCCACGGCCACCACCGCCACGCCAACAACACCAACACCACCUCGCCACCGCCGUUCCCGUCGCCGCAGCCGAUGUCCGUGUACAGCUCCAUCUGGAACGCGGACGACUGGGCGACGCAGGGCGGGCGCGUGAAGACGGACUGGUCGCACGCGCCGUUCGAGGCCACGUUCCGGGAGGUGCGCGUGGACGGUUGCGCGUGGGCGGCCAAUGCCAGCGACUGGGACGCCGGGGAGAUGCGGCGGUGCAGCGAGAGUUCGUGGGGCAAGGAGGGCCGGUACUGGUGGAAGGAGAAGGACAUGGAAGAGCUCACCGUGCACCAGAGCCACCAGCUCGUCUGGGCUCGGGCGCACCACCUCGUCUACGACUACUGCGUCGACACCGACCGCUUCCCCGUCCAGCCGCCCGAGUGCGCUGGCCGGUGAUCAAUGGCGGCAUCGCGGGCUGCUAGGAUAUCGAUCCUGAUCGAUUGUUGGAUGGAACUGCUGGUUUCUUUCUUGGUUGGGUUUGUAAGAAUGGUGUGUGCUGUCUGUCUGGCUGUCUUGUAGCGAAGCUAUGCUUUGCAUUGGCUACGAUGUGUAAUCCUUGUUUCUGUGGAGGUGUUUUAGAAAUUUUGGUUGGUUUUCUUCGAGGAGAA